UUUUCUUUCUCAGGUUAUGACAUAACACCGAUAUAACCUUUAUUGUGGAAGUUUUAUUUAUAUACUUUAUUAUUCGAAUUAAUCUAAUAAUAAUUGAAAUGGCCAGUCUUGCGAGGCUACAAAGAGGAUUUUUACAAAAAGCUCGUUCAAUUGUUAGUAACAGAGUCAGGUCAACUGUAGCUACGAAAUGUGAAACUCCAGUUCAAGACUUGAGUGCAUGUAAACCAGAGAAGCAAUGGAUAUCCUACGGCUUCGAAUAUGAAUCUGAAAUUGGAGACAGAUUGGCCCUUCAUUGUACUAUGUUUGCUUCUGUGACUUUAUGUUUGGUUGUUGGUGGAUAUGUUUUCAUGUAUGCUCCAGAUUAUGCACUGAGAGAUUGGGCACAACGAGAAGCAUAUUUAGAAAUAAAACGCAGAGAAGAAGCAAACUUACCCCUUAUAGAUAAAGAGUUAAUAAAUCCUAAAAAAAUACGUCUUCCUUCUGAAGAAGAAAUUGGAAAUAUGGAAAUAAUCAUUUAAAUAUUUAGUUCAUAAUUAUGUAGUGAUUGUUUGGACAAAUUUGAAAUUGUUUAAUACUGUGAAAAAGGAAACAACAAUAAAAACUAAGCCAAGCAGAGUGCUUUCUCUUUA